UGAGCAGGUGAUUGACAGCGCCUGGGCGCGCGCCUCCGAGCUGUACGUCGGGCUCGUGAGUUCUCGCACGCGCCAGCAAGUCCACGGUCAAGUCUCAGCAGAAAAAGAGAAAAACGAACUGUGAAGAAACCAGCGCCACCACAGCAGUGAGAGGGGAGUGAGCGAUACCACCGCUGAGGACCCUGGACGUGGUUCCUCCUUGACGGGAGCGUGCUGCACACUGAGGAGAGUGUCAGGGAAGAGGGGCUGCAUGUGAUCUGCAGCCAUGUAUCCAUUAAGGACUACACUGUCGCGGCUUCGGCCUCUGACACAGACAGCUCAGGGACUGUUGCACCACAGACCAACGGGGAUCAAACGGGCCUUAAGGACGUUUCAGCCAGUGAGAACCCUGAAUACACCUGCGGCAGCCGAGCCCUUCCUGAAUGGUACCAGCUCUAACUAUCUGGAGGAAAUGUACUAUGCAUGGCUGGAGAAUCCUCGGAAUGUGCACAAGUCCUGGGACAUAUUUUUCCGUAACGCUAAUGCCGGGGCUCCUCCACCUCUGGGGGGCUCCAUUCAAGGACUAGCCAGUGUGCUACUGGGAGCUCAACCCAACGUGGACAAGCUGGUGGAAGAUCAUCUGGCAGUGCACACACUGAUAAGAACAUAUCAGGUACGUGGACAUCACAUAGCAAAGUUGGACCCUCUGGAAAUCAGCUGUGUUGACUUUGACGAUACUCCGUGUGCCGUGGGAUUCCAAAAUGUUGGUUUUUAUGGCUUGGAGGAGUCCGACCUAGACAAGGUGUUCAAACUUCCCACCACUACCUUCAUUGGGGGUAACGAGACGGCUUUGUCACUCAGAGAGAUUAUACGACGCCUUGAGAUGGCAUAUUGUCAGCACAUUGGUGUGGAGUUUAUGUUCAUGAAAGAUAUGGAUCAGUGUCAGUGGAUCAGACAGAAGUUUGAGACACCAGGGAUCAUGCAUCUCAGUUUGGAGGAAAAGACGACACUACUAGGCAGAAUGAUCCGGUCCACCAGGUUUGAGGAGUUCCUCCAGAGGAAGUGCCCAUCAGAGAAACGAUUUGGCUUGGAAGGCUGUGAAUCCCUUAUCCCUGCCCUCAAGACGAUCAUCGACAAGUCCAGUCAGAGUGGAGUGGACAGUGUCAUCAUCGGAAUGCCUCACAGAGGAAGGCUGAAUGUUCUGGCUAAUGUGAUCCGGAAGGACCUUGAACAAAUUUUCUGCCAGUUUGACUCCAAACUGGAGGCUGCGGAUGAGGGUUCUGGUGAUGUGAAGUAUCACCUGGGGAUGUAUCACCAAUGGUUUAACCGGGUCAGUGAUCGGUACAUCACAAUGUCACUCAUGGCAAACCCCUCCCACCUGGAAGCAGUGGACCCAGUGGUUCAAGGAAAGACCAAGGCUGAGCAGUUCUACUCUGGAGAUACUGAGGGCAAGAGGAUUAUGUCUGUCCUGCUUCAUGGUGAUGCUGCAUUUGCGGGCCAGGGUGUAGUCUAUGAGACUUUCCACCUGUCCGACCUGCCGUCUUACACAACCCAUGGUACCAUACAUGUGGUUGUCAAUAACCAGAUUGGCUUCACCACAGAUCCCAGGAUGGCGCGUUCCUCUCCUUACCCAACAGAUGUUGCCAGAGUGGUAAAUGCUCCCAUAUUUCACGUCAAUGCUGACGAUCCUGAAGCCGUGAUGUAUGUCUGUAAUGUAGCAGCAGAGUGGAGGAACACCUUCCACAAAGAUGUGGUUGUAGACCUGGUGUGUUACAGGCGUAACGGUCAUAAUGAGAUGGAUGAGCCCAUGUUCACUCAGCCACUGAUGUACAAGAGGAUCAACAAACAGAAAGGAGUCCUGCAGAAGUUUGCAGAAAAGUACAUCAGUGAAGGGGUUGUCACAAGGCAAUAUUACGAGGAACAAGUAGCUAAGUAUGAUACAAUCUGUGAGGAGGCGUACACUCGCUCCAAAGUUGAGAAGAUCCUCCACAUCAAACACUGGCUGGACUCCCCGUGGCCUGGUUUUUACACGCUAGACGGCCAGCCCAAAAGCAUGAGCUGCCCCUCCACUGGUAUCAGUGAAGAGGAGCUCAGACAUGUUGGAAACGUCGCUGCCUCUGUGCCAGUAGAAGACUUCACCAUACACGGAGGUCUGGCUCGUAUCUUAAAAGGCCGUGAAAACAUGGUGAGCCAGCGAGUGUGCGACUGGGCUCUCGCGGAGUACAUGGCCUUUGGCUCUCUGCUCAAAGAGGGAAUCCAUGUCCGUCUCAGUGGCCAGGAUGUGGAAAGAGGCACAUUCAGUCAUCGACACCAUGUUCUUCAUGACCAGACUGUUGAUAAGAGGAUCUGCAUUCCAAUGAACCACAUCUCCACCAGCCAAGCUCCUUACACCGUCUGCAACAGUUCUCUGUCUGAAUAUGGAGUACUAGGUUUCGAAUUGGGCUUCGCCAUGGCUACUCCCAAGGCCCUGAUUUUGUGGGAGGCCCAGUUUGGAGACUUCCAUAAUACAGCUCAGUGUAUCAUCGACCAGUUCAUCAGCUCAGGUCAGGCCAAGUGGGUCAGACACAAUGGAAUUGUCCUGCUGCUUCCUCAUGGGAUGGAGGGAAUGGGUCCUGAGCACUCUUCUGCCCGGCCUGAAAGGUUUCUGCAGAUGUGCAAUGAUGAUCCAGACGUCUUCCCUAAACUGUCAGAAGACUUUGCAGUGCAUCAGCUGUAUGAGUGUAACUGGAUUGUCGUUAACUGCUCAACUCCUGCAAACUACUUCCACGUCCUCCGCAGACAGAUCCUGCAGCCCUUCAGGAAGCCUCUGAUAUUAUUUACUCCAAAGUCUCUGUUGCGCCACCCUGAGGCCAGAUCCAGCUUUGACGACAUGCUGCCAGGGACCCACUUCAAGCGUCUAAUUCCAGAUGAGGGAUUGGCAGCCAGAUGUCCAGAAAAGGUGAAGAGAGUCAUUUUCUGCACCGGAAAAAUCUACUAUGACCUCACACGUGAGCGCACGAACAGAGGCAUGGACGACACCGUGGUUAUUAUCCGCAUCGAACAGUUGUCACCUUUCCCCUUUGACCUGGUGAGAGCUGAAAGCGAGCGCUACAACCCUGCAGAGCUGGUGUGGUGUCAGGAGGAACACAAGAACCAGGGAUACUACGACUAUGUCAAACCCCGUAUCCAAACCACCAUCGGUCAUUCCCGCCCCGUUUGGUAUGCUGGUCGUGAGCCUGCAGCAGCACCAGCAACUGGGAACAAGCGCACACACCUGCAGGAGCUCCAGCAUCUCCUGGACACAGUGUUUGACCUGGAAGCCUUCUGAGGAAACGUGAAGCAGCUGCCCGCUCCUGAGCACCGCUGGGGUUUGACAAUGACCAAACGCACAAUAAUGCACAGAAACCUGCACCGAAUUUAUGAUAACUGAAAACGUCAAGUGACACUUCGGCUCAUAUAUAUUUGGACACUUACAAAAACAGGUAAAACAAAAUGUUUCUCCUCAUAUCAGCUGAGAACAAUUACUGAAUACAGACGUGCAGACUGUUUGACCUGAUCACAUCUAGAUCAGGUAAUACAACACUUUUUGUGUGUGAGCCGCAGUUUUAAAGCACCAAAAGUAAGUGGACAGUUGGCUGCAAAUUCUAUCGAUACUUAACAUUUGUGAAUUAUUAUUAAACAACGUUAACUCUUCAGUCACUGUUUAAUACUUACAGCAUUAACUCUCAUGAAUACUUAAUGAAUUAUUGCUUCAUGCUCAUUAUUUCAUUAAGUAAUGUACUCAUUUUGCUCAUUUCUCAGUUUUACCUAAAAGUAAAUCAACAGUAACUUUGCCUGUGUCCAGGUAUAUAUGAACUUAACUGUGUGGCUCAGUCUUUAGCUCUUCUUAAUUUCAGAAUAAAUUCAGCCUCGCUUUUAUUCUGCACAUGCAUAAUCCUACCUCAUAGUGCAUUUAAAUAAAUGAAUCAGCCUAAAAUGACAACAAAAAAAAAACACACCCUGUCUGGUGACC